UGGAGAUGUUUGGAAGCGAAACGUCCAGUUGUGUGCAGUGACUGCAGAUUGUGUCUCAGGAAACGCUCUUCUGUUUGUUGUUACAUGUUUAUCUGACUAAUUCUCUGGCUUUGAGGGAGUAGACAUGUCUUAUCUUCUCGUUUUGGGACUUACAGUACUGUGGACUGCACAGAUUCAAGCCGUUGUUAAUCGCUGCGAUACACCAGUUAUGGUUCUUCACAGAACAUCCUGCACAUCCUGUGCUGCUGCCUCUGCCAUCGUCUGCCCACGCGGCUCAAAAAAGGUCACCAAGACUCCUGAUUCCUGCAGAUAUGUGGUAGAAAUUGGCGGUCGCCAGGUAGAGCUGUCUGGUUGUUCUCAUACCUGUCAGCAGGUCACGACAGUCCAGCAGUGCUGUCCAGGCUUCUGGGGGCCGCUGUGCUUGCCUUGCCCAAGUUGGUCAGGAAAGAUAUGCAAUGGCUUUGGUACAUGCGAGUCUGGACUAUCAGGAAAUGGCACCUGUGUUUGCGAGGAGGGAUAUGCAGGAUUUGCAUGCCAGAAUUGUUUAAAUGAGAAUGCCUAUGGAAGCCACUGCCUUUCAGAGUGCAGCUGCGUGAAUGGAAAGUGUAACUCGGGUCCAGAUGGGGACGGUAAAUGUUACUGUCAGCCACCAUAUAUAGGACCAAAGUGUGAUAAAGUUUCUUCAUCUUGUUCAAGCUGCCCACUCUACUCGUAUUGUAAAGGAGAUGAUGACACAAAUGCAGUAUGCGAAUGUCUGCCUGGAAACAAAUUUGGGCAAGCAUGUUUAGAUGUGUGUCCAGAGGGCACUUGUGGCAUAAAUGCUAAAUGUUUAUCUAAAGAUGAUAAGUAUAAUUGCGAGUGUAAAGAGGGAUUUGAGGGAGAUGGCAAACACUGCAUUCCCAUCAACCCCUGCAAGACUAAUAAUGGAGACUGUCCUGUAACUUCCACCACCUGUGAACUCAUAAGCCCAGGAAAGUCUAAAUGUGUGUGUUUGCCUGGAAUGGAGUCAUCAGAUCCAUCCAAAGGAUGCACACAGAAGUCAGCCUGCACAGCGAGUUCAUGCCACACCAGUGCCCGCUGUGAGACCAAUGGCGACGGCUCACCAAGAUGCCGCUGCGGCUCUCAGCAGAUUGGCGAUGGCAGACGUUGCUAUGGAAACCUCAUGGAAAGAGUUGUGGAGCUGGACCGAGAGGGCAGUCAGGCAGGAAACCUCACUGGAAGUGUUCGCUUUUUCGAGCAAGCGUGUGAGUUUACACUGAGCCAACACGGCCCGUUCACUGCCUUCAUUCCUGCAGGACAGAAUCCGUUCCAAACACUGGCAGGACAGUCCUCGAGCAGCAUCCUGAACACAGUGUGCAAAAAUCACCUGAUCCUCGGACAGAAACUGUACAGUGUUCUGGAGGGCAAGGACAUGUGGAUGUAUGGAGGAGAGAAGAUCAGAUUCAAAACUAAUAAGCACUUUAUCCUGAUGAGGGAUCCAGACGUGUUGUUUACAAUAGUGGAGAGCGACAUCCCAGCAUCCAACGGAAUAAUUCAUAUCAUCGACAAGCCCUUUACUCUUACUCACAUUGAGUCAUCAAACAACAACAUGGAGUUCUCCACAAAGACCAUCAGUGACAUUUUCCGGGAGGAUGACAGGUUCAAUCGAUUCCUGUCUCUGGUUGAUAACUGUGGCGCUCUUUUGCCCUUCAGAGGUACGGGUCCACUUACUGUGCUUGUUCCAACCAACACUGCCAUUGACAAAUUCAGAGAUGGAAGCCUUAUGUACAUGCUGAACGAUGCCAAACCAAAGCUCCAGACUCUUCUGAAACACCAUAUUUUCUCCUUGGCCGCAAUCACUGUAGACCAGCUCGCCAGCAUGUCCGAGAUCACAACCAUGGCCAAUGAGAUCCUGAGGAUCAAUGCCUCUGACGAUGGGAGAAUUUUUCUGGGAGACAAAGGAAUAACUCUUGAAACCAAAGACAUCAUCGCAUCUAAUGGGAUCAUUCACCUGAUCAAUGGAGUUCUUGUACCUUCAUCCAUUGUUCCCAUAAUGCCCCAUCGCUGUGACGUUAACAGUAGCAGGAUCUCAUUUGGUUCCUGUGUUCGAUGUAGUCAUCUCUAUGAGACAAAGUGUCCACCUGGAAGUGUUGAGCUGCCAGGUCGUCAUGAAGGCUGUGAGCCACUUCCUGAUCGCAGAUUUUCAUACUCGAUUUUUGAGGAAGGCUGUGCGAAAUACUGCAAUAUUACAGAGACGUCACCGCAGUGUUGCAGAGGUUUCUAUGGGCCGGAUUGUAAGCCAUGUAUUGGAGGUUUCCAGAACCCAUGUUAUGGUAAAGGCACUUGCUUCGAUGGCAUUAAUGGGAACGGCUCCUGUAAAUGUGAAGCAGCGUUUACAGGUGUCGGUUGCCACCUCUGCUCAAACCCCAAAAAGCACGGAGAAAACUGUGACGAAGACUGCCGCUGUGUUCAUGGAGUGUGUGACAACAGGCCGGGCAGUUCAGGAGUUUGUCGGAGAGGAUCUUGUUUCGAAGGAUUUUUAGGGGAACUUUGUGACCAAACGGCCUCUGUCUGCGAUUCAGACGGAGCCCUCCUGCACUGCCAUAUUCAUGCCAUAUGUCUCUAUGUCAAAGGACAAACCACGUGUGUUUGUCAGCCUGGAUAUGAAGGAGACGGUUACGCCUGCACUGAAUCCAACCCCUGUCUUCUGCCUCAGAGAGGCGGCUGUGACACCAAUGCUGUGUGUUCAUACAAUGCAGGAAAGGUGAACUGUGUUUGUAUGGAGGGUUGGACAGGUGAUGGAAGUCUGUGUGUGGAGAUCAAUAACUGUCAGCUGGAGAGCCGUGGCGGAUGUCAUGAAAAUGCAGAUUGCACAUCAACUGCACCAGGACAGAAUGAAUGUAGCUGCAAGAAAGGCUACAUGGGAGAUGGUAUCAUCUGUAAAAUCGUCAACCCCUGUUUGUCAGAUAAUGGAGGCUGCCAUUCUUUGGCCAAGUGUAAAUUGACAAGCCCGGGAACACGUGAAUGCACAUGCCCAAGCGAAUUUGAAGGCGAUGGACUCUCGUGUUAUGGAAAUAUGCUUGUGGAGCUCGAUGGAAACUCUGAAUUCUAUUAUUUUAAUCGCUUCCUUCAAAGGCACAAAGUGAUUGAGACUGACAGCCAGGUCACAGCUUUAGUUCCAUCCAAAGCUGCUUUCAAAAAUCUCAGCGAUUUAGAGGAGUCUUUUUGGUUUGAUUAUUACAGGCUGCCUCACCUUUUACAAGUUCAUUUUUUAGAGGGCAUCUACACCUCUGAAGACUUGAGGCAGAAAGCUGGUAAAACAGUUCAGACCAUAGGAAUGACUAAAUGGGAGGUCCAAAGCAACGGCAGGGAGCUCAUGAUCAGCAAUGCGACAAUUCUUGUUCCAGAUAUCAAGGCAAUAAAUGGGUGCAUUCACAUUAUAGACACGGUUCUUCGACCCCCUCUGUCUGAUUUCCCUCCACCACCUCCCACUUUGAUGAAGUUCCUCAACAACACGCCAGAAUUCAGCCUUUUCAGGCAGGCGGCACUGCUUUACAACUUGGAAAACAGCAUCCCAACUCGAGAUUACACCAUUUUGAUUCCAUAUGACAGUGCUGUACAGGAGUACCUAAUUAAAACGAACGCUACACAACUGAGCAAGGAGAUUGUAAAAUAUCACGUGAUUCUAAGCGAGCAGCUCUUUCCUGAACACUUGAGCGACAGACUUUUCAAAAACACGUUUUUAGGAAACGGGACUCAGAUCAUGUUCUUCGUGGACAUCGAAAAUCAGAUAAUAGCAAAUGACGUCCCCGUAAACAUGAGCUACAUUGAGACGAGGCACGGCAUAGUGUUCGGAAUCCCACGAGUCUUAGACCUCCAUAAGAACCACUGCAGUAAAGAUGUGAUUUUGAAAAUUACUGGCCGCUGUGGAGAUUGUAAAGCUGCACCGCAAUGUCCCUUCAGUGCCAAACCUACACAGCCAAAGUUCCCUCAAAAUAUGAAGAGUAACUGUAAAUACAGGACAAGAGUUGGAAAAAAGAGAAAGACUGUGUCAGGCUGUCUCAUGGACUGUUUGAGAACAACAAAGGACCACUCCUGCUGUCCAGGAUACUUUGGGCAUGAUUGUGGAAAAUGCCCGGGGACUUUGGAUAACUGGUGCUCCAACAACGGUCAAUGCGAGGACGGGCUGCACGGCACUGGCAAAUGUCUCUGUAAUGAAGGCUUUCAUGGAACGGCCUGUGAGAUGUGUGAACCCGGGAGAUACGGAAAAGACUGCAAGUCAGAAUGUCACUGUGAACAUGGCAAAUGUUUGGAUGGCUUGGAGGGAAACGGGCAGUGCAUUUGUUUUAAAGGUUGGAAGGGAGUGAAAUGCUCUGUUGUGGUAGUUGAUGAUGCCUGUGGGGGAGUUUGUGAUGUUAAUGCUAACUGUAUUUCGGGAGAUUCGGGAACUCCUCCAACUUGUUCCUGCACAGCUGGUUAUAAGGGUAACGGGACUUCUUGUGAAGAAAUUAACCCAUGUGCCGAAGACAAUGGUGGAUGUUCUGUAAACGCAAACUGUACUAAAACAGCACCCGGUGAAAGGACCUGCACAUGUACAACCAACUACAUUGGUGAUGGGGUCAUAUGUGUCGAAAUGGACGCCUGCUUAGUGAACAAUGGAGGAUGUGAUGAGAAUGCCAUAUGCAUGAAGACUGGACCAAACAGGGUUGCAUGUGCAUGCAGGCCUGGUUUUAUUUCCCAAGGUCAUCGAUGUUUAGCAGUUAAUCCUUGUCGAAAGGAUAACGGAGGCUGCAGCGUUAACGCUGUUUGCAGAUACCUCGGUGCUGGGGAACGCAAUUGCACAUGCUAUAUUGGCUUUAAAGGGGACGGUUUGCAGUGUGCAGGGACUGUCAGUAGAGAGAUCAGUCGCAAUCCUGAAGCAAUGUGGUUCAGAAAUAAUUUAGGCGCAUUUCGAUUCCGGGAUUGGGUCGGUCGAGGCCCUUUUACUGUGUUUGUUCCUCAUGCAGAUUACGUCACAAAUUUUUCGAACCCUCAAGUUGAUUCGUGGAUCAAUUCGAGUCACAGUUCAGAGCUGCUGCGUUAUCACAUCGUCAGUUGUGAAGAAUUGCACUUAUCAGACCUCAAAUCUGUUAAAGAAGUGGUCACCGCAAAUGGAUAUAAAUUACGCUUCAGCGUUAGAGAUGGUGUUGUUUACAUUAACGACAAUACAAAGAUUAUCACCAGUGAUAUUGAAUGCUCCAAUGGAAUCCUGCAUUACAUAGACAAGGUCCUCAUCCCGUACGAUAUAACCGGCAAAGCAGAAAUCAGCACUAACCUGAACAUCACCGCAGCGGCUGAGCAAUAUGGCUUCAAAAUGUUCGGGAAGCUCCUCCAGGAUGCAGGAUUGAUGCAUGUGGUGCAGCAUCGAGCCUUUUACCCGUUCACCAUGUUCUGGCCGACAGAUGAUGUUUUUAACAACCUCACUGAGGACAGAAAGACUUGGCUGUACAGUGAAGACCAUCGAGACAAACUACAAGGCUACCUUAAAGCGCACAUAGUCCGCGAUGAGAGGAUAGCUGCCAUUGGUCUUCCUACUGAGAAAAGAUUGCAGACGCUGUUCGGAUCAGAAAUCACCUUUAGCUGCAAUAAAGAUUUAAUUGGUGACAUCUUAAUCAAUGGAAACAAUGCCAGAAUUGUAAACAGGAACAUGUUGUUCGAUUCAGGAAUCGCUCAUGGAAUUGAUCAGCUUCUGGAGCCACCCAGCAUCGGUGCUCGCUGUGAUGACUUCCGAAGCAUAGAGAUUAAGGGACGCUGUGGUUCUUGCCUUUCGCCGCCUCUUUGUCCCUACGGAUCAACAGACAUGAACAGAACUAGCAUAUGCCGACAACCUUACAGACCAUACCGAAUGCCCAAUUACUAUGGUAUGUACUCGUACGGUUACGGAUACAGGUCCUACAGAGAUUUUUUGGGUUGUGACCGGGUAUGCACAAAAUUGACGUGGGACACAAAGUGCUGUAAAAACCACUUCGGAAGAGACUGCCAGGUGUGUUCUGGUGGUCUGGAGGCGCCGUGUGGAGAGCAUGGAGACUGUGAUGAUGGACAGGGCGGCACAGGCGUGUGUAAAUGUCAUACAGGAUUUACAGGCAAAGGCUGUGAGCUCUGUCUCGCCAAUCACUUUGGGCCAAACUGCACAGCGUGUAAUUGUACGAUCCACGGCAAGUGUGAUGAAGGCCUGGACGGUGACGGCAGCUGUUUUUGUCAGGAGGGAUGGAUGGGUGAAAGCUGCCAGACAGCAAUCGAAGUCAAGUCGAUCUGUUCUCCCGCAUGUGAUCUGAAUGCAGUUUGUCUUCCUGAAAAUCAGUGCGAGUGUUUGGAGCCCUAUGAAGGAAAUGGCAUCAACUGCACAGCUCCGGAUCUUUGCAGUGAAUAUAACGGAGGUUGCCAUGAAGAAGCCGACUGUAUGCAGUCAGGUAUCAACAUUACCUGUUCCUGUCAGACGGGAUACUCCGGAGACGGACAUGUUUGCGAGCCUAUUAACCGAUGUGUAGAGGAGGCAAAUGGCGGCUGCAGCGAUUUCGCAAAAUGUAUUUUCACCGGACCCAACGAGCGGCGCUGUCAGUGUCUCGAUGGCUAUGUGGGAAAUGGAGUCCAGUGUUUGGAGAAAGUGGUUCCUCCUGUUGAUCGAUGCCUGGAGGAUAACGGCGGCUGCGACCCAAAGGCGAUAUGCAGAGACCUUCAUUUCCACACGAAAACUGCAGGUGUUUUCCAUCUGCGCUCACCUGAGGGAAAGUAUAAAAUGAACUUCACGCAAGCAAAGCAGGCUUGUGAAGCAGAGGGAGCCAAUCUUGCCACGUUUUCCCAGCUCUCUGAUGCCCAACAGUUAGGAAUGCACCUGUGUGUGGCCGGAUGGAUGGACGGGGAGAAAGCAGGCUAUCCGAUCCGCUUUCCUUCAGCUAAAUGCGGUGAUAAUCAUGUCGGUAUUGUGGUGUACAAAGAUCCAGUCAACUCCAGUUGGCUGUACGAUGCGUACUGCUACAGGAUGAAUGAGGUGGCUUGUGAAUGUGGAGCUGGAUAUGUUGGGAGCGGGGCAUUUUGUAAUGGAGACUUGGCUUCGGUUGUUGCCACAACUUCCAAUUUUUCUGUGUUUUACACGAAUUUACUGAAGUACGCAGAGGAUGGAGAGGACGGCAAGACCCUGCUGAAGGCCCUGUCUGACAAAUCAUUAAACAUGACCAUUUUUAUACCCCAGAACAACGGAUUUGGAGCAAACAAGACUUUAUCGUGGAGAGAUUUGCAGUAUCAUAUCUCCAGCGUCAACAAUAUUCACUAUUAUGAGAACCUGAAGCACAACACUGCAAUCCCGUCUCGCUUGGGCUCCAAACUCAUCAUAACCAUUCCCUCCAAUUCCAGCGGUCAGACUGAGGACGCUCAACCUCAGAAGCUGGUGAAUAAGAAGGUUAUUUUGGCCUGGAACAUUCCCGCCAUCAAUGGACUGAUCCACGUCAUUGAUGGGCCUUUCAGAGCUCCACCUGUUCCGGUUCCAGCAGUUCUUCCGAUCACGCAGUCCAGCGGUGUUGCAGUGACCACUGUGCUGGUUGUCAUAGCGAUUGUUUGUAUUGUUGCUGGACUGGCGUACUAUGUCCUCAGGCACAAGAACGACGCCUUUCGUUUCCAGUAUUUUAAAAAUGAUGAUGAAGAUGGGGCUUCUACAAAAGCUGGUGGAAACGCAUUAGUAUCCAUCCCAAACCCUCUCUACAGCGGCUACAGGGCGUUUGCGGAACCAUUUGGGGAUUCAGCAGCUACAGACACACCCAACCUCAUCGACUAGCACAGACAGCAGCGUUAAACUCUCCCUUCAUUUACCUGCAAUCAGCUGACCGCUCUUAAAAUAAAGGUUCUGUAUUGGCAUUGAUGGUUCCGCGAAGAAUCUUUAUAAGCCAUAACAUCUUUCC